GGCGACGGGAACAUCCGAUACUAUGAAAUCAGCACAGAAAAGCCCUAUCUGAAUUAUCUCAUGGAGUUUCGCUCUCCUGCCCCACAGAAAGGACUGGGUGUGAUGCCAAAGCACGGGCUGGAUGUGUCUGCAUGUGAGGUGUUCAGAUUCUAUAAACUGGUUACCUUAAAGGGUCUGAUUGAGCCAAUCUCUAUGAUCGUGCCAAGGAGGUCAGAAACAUACCAAGAGGAUAUUUACCCGAUGACUCCAGGUAUAGAACCAGCCCUGACACCAGACGAAUGGCUGAGUGGAAUGAACAGAGAUCCCAUAUUGAUGUCUUUGAAGGAGGGCUAUAAGAAGGCAUCCAAAGUUGUCUUUAAGGCACCAAUAAGAGAGAAAAAAAGUGUGGUUGUCAAUGGAAUAGAUUUGUUAGAAAACGUGCCCCCCAGGACAGAGAAUGAGCUCCUCAGAAUGUUCUUUCGACAACAAGACGAGAUCCGACGGUUGAAAGAUGAGCUUUCGCAGAAAGACAUAAGAAUUCGACAACUACAGCUGGAGUUGAAAAACUUACGUAACAGCCCGAAGAAUAAUUAAUUAACCUCAAGGGACAUUUUAUAAAUAAACUUUCUUUGUUUAUACUUGCUCUUUUAUUUUACUGUAUCCACUUACACAGAAUAUGAGCCAGAAGUCAAUGACCUGCCAAGAGUCCACAUGCUAACUGGAAAUAUGUCCUUGUAGUCUUAUCUAGCACUAAAAAGAAAGACCUGUACACUAUAAUUGAAAAUAACUACAUGAAAGGAAGCUGGGUAUGUAUUUAUAUCCCAGCAUUUUUCAUGGAGUAAGUAGAAGAGCAAUUUAUUCUCUAUAUCUAAAGACUACGGAACUAACCAAUAGGGCACAACUUAAAUUUAACUUGAACUGGAGAGAGAAUGAAAAGAGAAUACAGGGUGUCCUUAAGAAAGCAAUAUGGUUUAUUGCUAUUAACUUUUUCCUAUGCAAAGCCUGACAAAGAAUGCACACAGCCUACAAAACUGGAAUUUUAAUUCACUUAACUAUGACCUAAAAUAUAGGGCUUAAUUCACAAAUGUUCUCUCCAAAUCCUCUUGCCCUGGCCUUUGUUUAAAGGAGGUUCAGGAAAACCUGCCCUUUGCCCUGGCACUUGUUGCAAAGGUUUCCUUUUCUGGGGAAAGGUGGCAAAAUUUGAAGUCAGGGUCUUAGAAAUUGGCCUGAUGGUCAAAUGUUCAAAUCCCUUGGUCAAUUGCUACACUCCUAUAAGACCUUAAUUUGUCACUUUCUUUGGUUUAUCUGUAUGGAAACCAGUCACUCUCCUUAGCGGGAUGGGGGCUGGUUGUAUAUACGGUUUGUUUGUUUUUAAAACGAUCCUAGGUUUCCUAAAUGUAGUGGGUCUAUCUUCCCUGAUCUGCUAAUAGGGACCUUAGAGUCCUACUUCCUCCUGGAAACAUAGCGGUGAUAACACUGCCAUAAUGGUAUGCAAAUGACAAGCAGCAAAGGAACUUGCCAUUGCUCUCUUCCCAUAACUGUCUUAGAACACCCUCUUGUUCAGUAGAGAAUGUUGCCAAGUUAGUGGUAACCUCUCCUGUGGAACCCUGGUUCAAAGACGUUUGAUGUCUGGGAACUCGGUAUGUCAUCUGUGUGUCUGUUCUGCAUAUCUGUU